AAAUCCCCCCUGUCCCGCUGCCAUGUCCUGCAAGGCUCUGGCUCUCUGCCUCCUGGGGCUCCUGACUAUUUCCUCUGCUUGCUACAUCCAGAACUGCCCCAUCGGGGGCAAACGAGCUGUUCUGGACAUGGACAUCAGGAAGUGCCUGCCCUGCGGCCCCCGGAACAAGGGCCACUGCUUCGGGCCCAACAUCUGCUGCGGGGCGGAGCUGGGCUGCUACAUCGGCACCUCGGAGGCGCUGCGCUGCCAGGAGGAAAACUUCCUGCCCACGCCCUGCGAGUCGGGACGCAAACCCUGCGGCUCCGGAGGGAGCUGCGCCGCUCCCGGCAUCUGCUGCAGCACGGAGGGCUGUGGCACUGACUCAUCCUGUGACCAGGAGCUGCUGUUUGUGUAGCCCACCCAGGAGAGAACCUGCAGGAUCCUGCAUCCAUCGCUGUCCCAGCCCAACCUCGGGGCUGUGACUCAGACUGAAGUGAUGAGAUUAAUUAGAAAUAAAACUUGGACAGAAAAACAGUCCAGA